GGGCCUGGCCGGCGGGGCUUGAUGCGCGGGUAGGUUGGAGCGGGAAGCUUGGCCCCGGCUGGCGGAGGGGACGGCGAGGCACAGUCGCCGGUUGCCAGACCAUGCUGAGCGGAGCAUGUGGCAAGCUAGCCUUAGCGCUGCGGGGGACUCGCGCACCGACGUCCGCGGUCGCCCGUAGGUGCCUGCACGCGUCGGGGUCGCGGCCCUCGGCAGACCGCAGCGAGAAGGCAGGGGGGCCGCCUCGCACCUUCGAGCCGGCGCUGCUGGAGUUCCUGGUGUGCCCGCUCUCGAAGAAGCCGCUCAGAUAUGAAGCAUCAACAAAUGAAUUGAUCAAUGAAGAGCUGGGAAUAGCCUAUCCAAUCAUUGAUGGGAUUCCUAAUAUGAUACCACAGGCAGCUAGGAUGAUACAGCAAAGUAAGAAGCAAGAAGAAAUGGAGCAGCACUAGGUCAUAAUUUAAAAAAAAAAAGCACAACAACAACUAAAUUUCCUAAUACUGUGUACCUUUUAAAGCAGGGUGGCGGGUAUUAAGUGGAGAAGAAUGUUUCUCUCUCUUCCUACGUUGACUGUUCUUGUUCCACUGAUCUCUUUAGCAGGACUGUUUUACUCAGCCUCUGUGGAAGAAAACUUCCCACAGGGCUGCACUAGCACAGCCAGCCUUUGUUUUUACAGUCUGCUCUUGCCGAUUACCAUACCCGUGUAUGUGUUCUUCCACCUUUGGACUUGGAUGGGUAUUAAACUCUUCAGGCAUAAUUAAUGCAACCGGAGCCAAGAUGGUAUAUAUAUAUUCAUGAUAUGUCUUGGGCAUCUAUCUCUGAAAGCUCAGCUAGGUGGAAAUACUGGAGACCCAUUUAGUUCGCAGGAAAGAUGCUUCGCCUUGCUUACGUCAGGCUCAGACUAUGGGAGGCUUAUGCUGCACAAGCUUCUUUUGUUAUACUCUUGUUCUGCCCUUGUUUUUUGAAGGUUCUGACUUAUAACUGCUGUAUCAGAAGAAACAUUUCGACAAAGUUUCUUGUUGGAGAUUAAACACCCCCCAGUCAUCAUCUGAUGACUGUUUCUUGUCCUUUCAUCUAAAAGUUAGUCAUUUGGAAUUUUGUUUGCAUGUAUAGCUUCAAGGUAUUUGGUGAAGUCACACAUUACAGAUGACUGAAAUAAUUCCAAAGGAGCUACGUUGAAAUGGUUGUGGAGAAAUGCAUUUGCACUAGUGUGAUAUAAAACCAUACAAUAAAAUGGAAAUUUCGUGUACUUACAAAAAUUCUGAGUUUGUAAAAUUACCUUCUUUUCUUUGGCAUCAGAUGCUUACAUUAAUAAUAAAGAUGUUGACAUUUUCCCAUAAAAAA